AUGAUAACAAGAUCGAAUCUAGCAGAGCAGCUGAGAGAAUACCAGAUUCGAUCGAAGCACGAUUGGGCAUCCGUCUCUUUCUUCUCGUCGACCUCGAGUUUUUCUUCGUCUAGGGUGGAUGUUGUAGUCUUUGUCAUCUGGGAGCUAGUCAUCUUAGCAUUCUUAGUGUUUUCAGCGGUUUCCUUGUACUUCCAGCGGUUGCAGCUCGCGUUCAUCUUGGUGUGCGUCACUUUACUACUACUCGUUUGCAUGAAGGUGACGAAGCAAGUGAGAUUAGCCAGGAAGAAGAAGCGAAGGAUGCUUCUUCCACUAUCUAUGUAA